AUCCAAACCAACGUCCAUUUGGAACGUUAAAAGCUCCCAAUACCCGGCCAUCAUUAACGCAAUUGGGCCACGAAUUGCCGUCCGCUACAAUGGCCACCGCGCAAGCCCAGACAUUCGCUCCGACCAAGGUCGUCAAGAGCGACUACCCCCUCAUUGACAACGAUCCUCACUUUAAGAGAGUCGUCGGGUAUGCCCGACCUUCAGAUUACCUCCACGGAGCCGUAGCUGCCGCCUUCGGCCCGGCUGCUCUCCUUACCCUCGAGAAAUUCGCUCCUUCCCAUGUUGGCAAAGGAGGUAUGGCCCAGGCCAUGCGACUGGCCGGUGCUGUUGGCUUGGCCGGAGGUUUCCUCUACUUCUACCAGCGCUCGAGCUUACGAUUCUACGGAGCCACCGAGAAUGCACGCGAGGUUGAGAUGGACAUGAAAGAGAUGGUAGCAAAGGUCAAGGCCGGUGAGCCACUCUACGGAGAGAGCAGGCUUACACCCCACAUGCAAGGAGUUGCGGCACGGCAGUCAAGAUAUUCGGCCUUGUUCAUGGGCGUUGUGCCCUGGUUCAAUUUUGUCAAUCACAGCCAGCAUGGCGUCGAUACGGCCAAGUACUAUCAGCAGGCUGAAAGGGAGCUUGAGGCUGAGCGUUUGCAAAAGGGCAGCUCAUAAUCUUCUAUGUUGUUGCCAGCAUUGGGUAUCGGCAGGCUCUGAAGCCGGUCUUGUCCGAUUUAUUUCCCGUUGCGCUGAACAUUUCCGUUACCCCUGAGAACUGACCGCUUGGCCGGUGUCAUGAAGCUACGCGUCUCUAAUUGAUAGCUGGGAUUUCCUAACUAUCGAUGACAAUCACCAUCCAACCUCCAAAACUGAAACGGAAGUACCGGGCGUCCUGGUGGUGUUUAAAUGUGACCACUUGCGAUGGUAAUGGCUCCUCGGUUGCAGAGGGCAGCAGUACAAUCCUAAAACACUCUGGUUGUAGCCUUCGGCUGGGGCCUAUGGCCUUGUGCUGUGUGUGUGUGUGUGUGUGUGUGUGUGUGUGUGUGUGUGGAGCUUCGGCCAAUGGUGACUUCCACUUCAGCAGCCGGCCGGCCUGCCGUCG